AUGAACAAAAAAAUUCCAGGCAAUGCUAAUCUUUACAGAAUUGACGGUGACGCUUUUUAUUCUUUAAAAAGAUAUCAAGAAGCAAUCGAGCGCUAUAGCGAAGCAAUCAAAAUCUUUCCAAACGACUAUAGAGUUUACGAUAAAAAAGCCGAUGAUUUUAAUAAUUUAAAAAGAUAUUUAGAAGCAAUCGAAUGCUAUGAAGAAAUAAUCAAACUCGAACCAAACAAAACUGAUUUUUACUAUAAGAAAGGAUAUGCUUUAAAUAAAUUAGGAAGAUAUCAGGAAGCAUUAGAAAUCUAUGAUGAGGCAAUCAAAAUCAAUAUAUAUGAUUCCAGGUGUUAUAAUGAAAAAGGGAACACUCUUUAUACUUUACAGAGAUAUGAAGAGGCAAUAGAAUGCUAUGAUCAAUCAAUCAAAAACGAUCCAUAUAAAUCCAAGUUUUAUAAUGAUAAAGGAAAUAUACUUUAUACUUUAGAGAGAUAUCAAGAAGCAAUACAAUGCUAUGAUGAGGCAAUCAAAAAUGAACCCAAUAAUCCUUUGCAUUUCUGCAGCCGAGCGAGAGUAUUUAAUAAUCUUAGACAAGAAGAAGCAGCUUUGCAGGACUUUAACAUGGCUUAUAAUUUGAGGGAGGAAAAUCAACUCAAUGGUGUUUGACUGGAGAUGAAUGAAACCUUUCUGAAAAAGAUAUCAAUUUCAUUAAUGAUGGAUUAG